AGGAGGAGGAGGAGGAGGAGGAGGGCUCGUGAACGGAAACGGCGGCGUAGAGAUCAGCGAGUGGGAGAGCGCCACCUGUGAUUCCGCCGACGUGACACGGAGCGCGAGCACAGAUACGCGGGACCGAGAGGACGGUGCGGCUCGCAGACUGUCCCUCCGCUGUAGCGCUGCGCCGGGAGAAGGUGAGGAUCCCGGUGGCAUUAAUAUUGAUGGAGCGGACGGAGGAGUGUGGUGUCCGCGCUGUACCGGGGAAACCAGGACGGCGGCGGCGAGAGGCGUGUGUAAAACCAUGGCGCGAGAGUCUCGGAGCUCGGAGGCGGCGGUCAACAAGCGCCGGGGAUGCAGUUACAGUGCGGACUCGAAGAGGGCGUGUUUCUCCGGGACGAGCACGGCGGAGAAGGCGGCGCUACACCGGGGCCGCUCGGAGCUUCAGACCGCGAUCGGUUUAAGCGGCGAGGCUCUUGCCGGAAAUAGCCAGAGCCGUGACGAAACGUUUAAACAGAGCCAACGGGGAGAUCCUUCCCAAGACGCAGGUGAACCUAGAAGUUUGAGUUUCACGUGCGAAAUGGAAGGCGGUGGCGGUGUGAUUAACGGAGAGCGGCGCGGCUGCAGGACGGCCAAAGGGCGCGUGAGGCUGUGUCGCGUGCGCUCCUUCCUAGCUUCUGGUUUUGAUGCAAACGGUACCCCUGUAGCUCAGGUCUCAGUUCACGGUCACUUCAAUCAUCGGACACAGCAAAAAGCCCAGUUCAGCGUCGCGCCUCCCCCCCGCUGUGCACGUUCGGAUGUAUCCGACUCCGGUGUCAGGGGCCCACCAGUGAAUGGCCGUACGGGCGCGGGGGUUGCCGGUGACGCAGCUGGAUCGUGGUUAAGGCAGGUAGAGGCGGCCCAAGUGGAGGCCAGGAAACUGCAGGUGCAGCUCGGAGAGAGAACGGACAUGUUAUGGCGCCGCCUCCAUGCAGUACAGGUGGAGCAGGUGGAGCGACACGUGACGCAGCAGCUGGGGGAUCUGCGCAGAGCCGGCGUGACCCCGAACUCAUCCGAAAUCAGCCGCUUAGCGCACAGGUGCUGUGAAGCCCUUCGCACAGUUGAGGGCGCCUUGGACUCCGAUCACACAGCCAGCAGCUCCGGUGGAGGAAGUGACAGUGAGGAAGAGGAGGGGAGAAGAGGACAUGUUUCACCAUCCCGAGGGAAAUCAGUGUGUGUGAGCAGAGAAUGGCAGUGGAUGCAGGAAAGGGCGUGGCUGGGAAGCCGGUGGGUGUGGCUCCAGGCUCAAGUGUCAGAGCUGGAGUAUGGGAUUCGUGCACUCACUGAGCUCUACACACACCUCAGACAGGGAAAGGUUUCACAGUUGAGGGCUGUUCACUCUGUACCUGAAACACCCCUUCGAGCUCCCAGACCCUUUCCUACCAUUCUGGACUUCAGGUUCAGGAAGAAGCUAACGGAAGACUCCGCCCCCUCGCCACCAACACCCCACAGUUCAGCUUCAUCUGCUGCUCGGGUUCGUCCAUUACCACGAAAGUGCCAUCACAGGCUUAUCCGUUUGGAGGCUUGUCCUGCACUUGGAUCAAAGGCCGUGACCUUACCCUGCUGCUGCGAGCCUCCUGCUGUGUGUGUGUUGUGUGGUCCUCCUCACCCACCAGCCCAGGAGAAGUCCAGGUGGACGUGUCCCAAUGGGCUGGAUCAGCAUAUUCAUCCUGUUCUCUCAAUGCCUUCAGACUUUCCUGUUGUGGUGCGUGGUGUGGUGCCCCCGCUGGCCGGGCUCCAGUCCCACACUGCUGUCAGGUGGAUGGAAAGGCGGGCUCAGGGACACCAGAAAGGUGGGCGAGUGAGGAGGAGGCUAAUGUGCCCCCGCCCACCAAGCACACUGCCUCCACUCUUCAACACAUCUGUUGGUUCUACUUGCAGGAGUCAGAGGGCCAUGAUCAGUCCUGACCUCCUUUCUCAGCAUGUCACAUAUUAUUCCAAUCUCCCUGGUGUCCCUGCAGCUACAGAUACCCCUACACAGCAGAUGAGGAGGAGGAGAGGAGAGAGUUCUUUUGACAUUGAUAACCUGGUGAUGCCUGUGGGCCUGGCUGGACUGGGUGCACGAGUGCAGAAACUGCAGUACAAAGAGAUCAUCACUCCCAGCUGGAGAGAGCUGGACUCUGUCUGGGAAGCAUCAGAGAAGCAUGCUGGCUCAGCAGGUCAGCAUGUGUACCACUCUGUCUCGCCACAGCAGCCCAAUGGAGAAGGACCAGAACAUUACACUGAGGUGGAGGAUCUGUCUGAUGCUGUUUUUCUGAAGAGGCAUGCCAUAUGGGAGAGCGGAGAGAGGAGUCGCUGGGGGAGCUGGGCCCGUAGACGCCACUCGGGCAGGUCCUCCUCCUCCGGUGGGGAUGGGAAGAGCUGCGGGGGUUCAGAUCAGACGCCGUGCUCUCCAGAGCCCAGGCAGGGAAAGAGCUCACCAUGUCGUCCCUCCUGCUCUGCAGCAGACCAGCUUUUCUACCAGAUGGAGGAUGAACACCAGUCCGUACAGUCAUGGGAUCGCAGGUCGUUUCCCCUGCUGGAGGAGGAGCUUCUGUGGCUGCAGAAUGAUGAGGAGGUGGAGCUUGAGGAAGAUGCCUGCACCGCGAGUGGCCGCAGCCAGAGCACAGACUCUGGCAUCUCGGUGGGCAGCUUGGAGCUCUCACCAAGGACACCUCAACCACAUCAGCUACACUCAGAAGGCCAUAAACCAGCCACCUCAACUCAGGAUUCAGACUCCACCCUGCCUGCCUAAACUCCGCCCACCCUCUCUGCCUUCACCCAGCACUCCUCAAAAUCCAGCCAAUCACGGAGCGGACAGAGUCGAUGCCACACUGCUAUAAACCAGAUCGGAGAAAGUCUCAAAAUGUCCCUUCCUGCUUUAGACAUCUCACCACCUCACACCUCCAUUUAACUGUGUGAAGAAGCCAACCUGCCAGCCCUCAGCAGACCUGCUGUCUGCCUGCUGUCUAGCUCCAGGAUGCUUAUCACCCAAAAGUUUCUCCGAUAAAUAAUGCCGAUUCUCCUUCUUCACCUUCAUCCUCACCUUCACUUCACUCACUACUUCUGUCGCUGAGGGAUGGACGUGCUGGCUGUCUAAAGCAUUUCUGUUCGUGUUCAGUUGAUCUAAAUCAGUAUACAUGUUUUAUUUUAGUUGGUGUGUGUUAGUAAAACUCCUCUAGAGCUCCAUUAGACCGUGUCUCUAUAGAAGAAACCACUUUUUACCCAUCAGGACUUAUUUCUGAGUCAUAACCGUUAAUUCUGUAGAAAUAUGUAACUCUGUUACUGAUGUGAUACAGAAACUUACUUUAAUCAGCUCAACACUGAGCGUGUGUGUGUGUGUGUGAGAGUGUGUGUGUGUGUGUGAGAGAGAGACAGGACUGUUGCAUUACAGAAUAAAGGCAUCAGCAAAUA